AUGAUCAACCCUAACCCUGACCCAACAAACGGACUCAUGGCACAGGACUCCCUCCGACGGCGCAUGAUCGGCCACGGCGCCCUCAUGAUACUGACGGCCCUACUAGGUGGUUUCGGCCUAUACAUGCACAUCAUGGGCGGUAUCGAAAUAUCCCCCGGGCAUCUGAUCACGUUCAACGUUCCCGGCACAGAAGCCGGUUGGGUGCGGUGUCAUACAGGUUCCGUGGCAAAUGGGUUCAUGGUUAUCGUGACGGCACUCGGGAUGGUGCACUUGCCUGUUCCUGAAAAGGCCGCCAAGCGAAUUGGCUGGGUUGUUGUCAUGGACGGGUGGUCAAAUGUGGGAUUUUACUUUUUUGGCAACCUCUCGCCUAAUCGGGGCCUUGCGCUGGGAAAGACACAUGUUGGCGAUGCGGAUGCUUGGAGUGUCCUGGCUUUUGUUCCGGCCGUGGUAUUUGGCUUCUUGGUUGUUGGGGCGUUUGCGGAAUUGGGUUACUACGGAUUGUUUGACAAGAACAAUAGUCCAGGUCCGAGCCAUGAGUUUGACAUUGGGGCAUAUGGUCAGAAGACAAAGUAA